CAGGAGGACUGACAAGCGACCGGCCAGAAAUGACUUCAAAAUCCAUCUGAGGAGUAAAACCCGGACCUGAAACCUCUGGAUUUUUUCCUGGGUAUUUUUGCUCGGGUCGAAGGAAUUUUUCCCUUCCACGUUAGAGAUUUACUCCCAGUAACACCUUUUUUCUUUUUUUUUAGCGCGAGCACAAAACCAUACCUGGCUCAGGUCUCGUGCAGUCUCGCCUCUGCAGCUAAAACAGAAUAUUUUAGUAAUCUUUGAAAAAAAAUGUGAUUCAUUUCCUCGCCGUGAGGUCGCCAAACCCAGUCGUUGGCAUCAGAAACAGCUGGCUCGUGUCAAGAAGAUUGUGGAUUAACGUUUUUUUUUUUUUUCUUUUGCUCCUGCUUCCCCGAAUAUCUCCAAGAAACCCCGGACCCGGUUUUUCAGCGUCCAAAAUGAGCGUCGAUUUAAUCGAAUCAACUACAUGAGUGGAGCCAAAACAAACGCAUAUUUCUGCCGAGGAGCGCACAUUUUCUAAAACAGCGCCAGUUGCAGUGGAAAAUAUGGAAAGCGAGGUUUUCUCUCCUUUGCUGGAGCAGUUUAUGCUCACGCCUCUGGUCUGCUGGGUGAAGACAGUCGGGCAGGCGACGCUGACUGAUGGCACCCAGUUAUCGGAAUAUAUCGAAUUGGUGGAUGGGAUUUACCUGAACGAGAUCAUGCUUGAGAUAAAUCCCAAGGCCACGGUGCAGAGGACCAACAAGAAGGUGAACAAUGACCCCACACUGCGCAUCCAGAACCUUUCUAUUCUCAUCAGGCAGAUUAAAUCCUACUAUCAGGAGACUCUGCAGCAGCUGGUGAUGAUGCCUUUACCGAACGUGCUGGUUCUGGGCCGAAACCCUCUGUCUGAGCAAGGUCUGGAGGAGAUGAAGAAACUGUUGCUGCUGCUACUAGGCUGUGCUGUCCAGUGUGAGAAGAAGGAAGAGUACAUUGAGCGGAUCCAGACUCUCGACUUUGACACCAAAGCUGCCAUCGCAUCCCACAUCCAAGAGGUGACGCACAAUCAGGAGAACGUGGUGGAUCUGCAGUGGUUAGAAAGUGGUGAAAUGCCACCUGAGGACCUGGAUGGACUCUCCAGAAACCUGGCUUUCCACCUCAAACGCCUGGUGGAUGAGAGGGACACACAGCUGGAGACUAUAGUGGAGUUAACCCAGGAGAGAGACUGUGUGCAGCUGUCUCCUCUGGCUCCGUGUCCGACCCAGUCUCCCGGUGACUCUCCCAGUAUGAGGAGGACUGAAAGCAGACAGCACCUCUCUGUGGAGUUGGCUGAUGCCAAGGCCAAGAUCAGGCGCCUUCGACAGGAACUGGAGGAGAAGAGUGAGCAGCUAUUGGACACCAGGCAGGAGUUUGAGAACAUGGAAGUGGAGCUCAAGAAGCUUCAACAAGAGAGCUUCCAGCUGCUGUCAGACGCUCGGUCGGCUCGGGCCUACCGGGAUGAGCUGGACGCACUCAGAGAGAAAGCGAUCCGUGUCGACAAACUGGAGAGCGAGCUGAGCCGAUACAAGGAAAGACUUCACGACAUCGAGUUUUACAAGGCCAGAGUCGAGGAGCUGAAGGAGGACAACCAGGUCCUGUUAGAGACUAAGAGCAUGCUGGAGGAGCAGCUGGAUGCUAGCCGGACCCGGUCUGACAAACUGCACCUCCUGGAGAAAGAGAGUCUGCAGCUCAAAUCCAAGAUCCAUGACCUGGAGAUGGAACGGGACAUGGACCGAAAACGAAUGGAGGAGCUGUUGGAGGAGAACCUUGUGCUGGAGAUGGCUCAGAAACAGAGCAUGGACGAGUCCCUGCACCUGGGCUGGGAGCUGGAGCAACUGUCCAAGACACCAGAACUGACCGAAGCUCCUCAGAAGUCUCUGGGCGAGGAGGUAAAUGAGCUGACCUCGAGCCGCCUGUUGAAGCUUGAGAAAGACAACCAGACGCUGCUGAAGACUGUGGAGGAGCUCAGAGCCGCAGCCAGUCAGGACACAGUGUCAAAACUGUCCAAAGUCAACCAGGAAAACCAGAGACUGAACCAGAAAUUGGAGCAGCUGGGAAGUGAACUGACGGCAGACAGAGAGUCGCUCCGCAGCGCUGAAUCACUCAGUACUGACCUGAUGAAGGAGAAGGCUCUGCUGGAGAAGACUCUGGAAACACUCAGAGAAAACUCUGAGAGACAGCUGAAGGGUCUGGAGCAGGAAAACAAGCACCUGAGCCAGACGGUGGCGUCUCUGCGUCAGCGCUGUCAGGUUGGUGCUGAGGCGCGAGUCAAGGAUGUGGAGAAAGAGAAUCGCAUUCUCCACGAGUCCAUCUGCGAGACAACCGCCAAACUCAACAAGAUGGAGUUUGAAAGGAAACAACUACGUAAAGAGCUUGAGGUGGUGAAGGAGAAAGGCGAGAGAGCAGAGGAGUUGGAGAUUCUGUUGCAGAAGCUGGAGAGGGACAACGAGAGCCUGCAGAAGAAAGUUGCCAGUCUUGGAAUCACAUGUGAAAAGGUGGCGUCUCUGGAGAAGGAGAACACUGAGCUGGAGGCAGAGGGCCGUCGUCUGAAGAAGAAGCUGGAUACGCUAAAGAACAUGGCCUUCCAGCUGGAGGCUCUGGAAAAGGAGAACUCCCAGCUGGAGCACGAGAACCUGGAGCUGCGACGCUCGGCUGAGAAUCUCCGGUCGGCGGGCGCUAAGGCGGCUCAGCUUGAAGCCGAGAACAGGGAGCUGGAGAGCGAGAGGAGCCAGCUGAAGCGCAGCCUGGAGCUGCUCAAAGCCUCGUCCAAGAAGACGGAGAGAUUAGAGGUGAGUUACCAGGGCCUAGAUACAGAGAACCAGCGCCUGCAGAAAGCUUUAGAGAACAGCAGCAAGAAGAUCCAGCAGUUGGAGGCCGAGCUGCAAGAGGUGGAGACCGAGAAUCAAACCCUCCAACGCAACCUGGAGGAGCUCAAGAUCUCCAGUAAACGCCUGGAGCAGCUGGAGCAGGAGAACAAGACUCUGGAGCAGGAAAGCUCCCAGCUCGAGAAAGACAAGAAGCUUCUGGAGAAGGAGAACAAGCGUCUGAGGCAGCAGGCCGAGAUCCGCGACUCCAAACUGGAUGACAGCAACCAGCGGAUCGCCUCCUUGGAGAAAGAGAAUCGGACCAUGGGCAAGGAGAUGAUCUUCUUCAGGGACUCCUGCACCCGAGUCAAAGACCUGGAAAAAGAGAACAAGGAGCUGCUCAAACUGGGCAACAUUGAUAAGAAGACCCUCAUCGCACUCAGAGAGGAGCUUGUGAGCGAGAAGCUGCGGACUCAGCAGAUGAAUAAUGAUCUGGAGAAACUGACACAUGAGUUGGAGAAGAUUGGACUGAACAAGGAACGGCUGCUGCACGACGAGAGCUCCGACGACAGGUUUAAACUUCUGGAAACAAAGCUGGAGUCAACUCUGAAAUCAUCUUUGGAGAUUAAAGAAGAGAAGAUCGCCGCCCUGGAGGCCAGACUGCAGGAGUCCUCCAACCUCAACCAGCAGCUUCGCCAGGAGCUCAAGACGGUGAAGAAAAACUACGAGGCGCUGCGUCAGAGGGAGGAGGAGGAGAGGAUGGUGCAGAGCUCGCCCCCUAGAGGAGCGGAGGACCCUCAGGCUGUCAGUAAAUGGGAGAAAGAGAGUCAUGAAGCCACCAGAGAACUGCUGAAAGUCAAAGACAGACUCAUUGAGGUGGAGAGAAAUAAUGCCACGCUACAGGCUGAGAAGGCGGCUCUGAGGAGCCAGCUCAAACAACUGGAAACUCAAAGCUCCAACCUGCAGGCUCAGAUCGUGGCCGUGCAGAGACAGACGGCCUCUUUACAGGAGAACAAUACGGCACUGCAGACGCAGAAUGCCAAGCUGCAGGUGGAGAACUCCACCCUGAGCUCCAAGAGUGGAGCCCUCAUGGCCCAGAACGCCCAGCUGCAGAGCCAGCAGAGCAGCGUGGAGGGGGAGCGUGAGGGAGCUCUGAGGGAGAAAGAGGAGCUGAGGGCCACCUAUGAGCUGCUCCUGCGCGACCACGAGAAGCUGGCGGCGCUCCAUGAGAGGCAGGCGGCCGAGUAUGAGGCGCUGAUUGGAAAGCACGGAGGCCUGAAAACCUCCCACAAGAGCCUGGAGCAGCAGCACAGGGACCUGGAGGACAAGUAUAAGCAGCUCUUGCAGAGGAAAGGUGAGCUGGAGGAUCUGGAGAAAAAUCUGAAGGAGAAGCAGGAAAAAAUGGCACAAGAAAACCAAACACACCAAGCCACUGCUGACCAGUACAAACUGCUCAAAGAGGAAAAUGACAGGCUGAAUAACACAUAUCGUCAGCUGGUGAAGGACAAUGACAAUCUCCAGCUGGAUCAUAAGAACACAAAGACCCAGCUGAACAGCGCCAAGCUGGAACAGACCAAGCUGGAGGCCGAAUUCUCAAAACUGAAAGAGCAGUACCAGCAGCUGGACAUCACCUCCACCAAGCUGACCAACCAGUGUGAGUUGUUGAGCCAGCUGAAAGGAAACCUGGAGGAGGAGAACCGCCACCUGUUGGACCAGAUCCAGACUCUGAUGCUGCAGAAUCGCACAUUGCUGGAGCAGACCAUGGAGAGCAAGGACCUGUUCCACGUAGAGCAAAGACAAUACAUAGACAAGCUGAAUGAGCUGAGGAGACAGAAGGAGAAGCUGGAGGAGAAGAUCAUGGACCAGUACAAGUUCUACGACCCCUCGCCUCCACGCAGGCGUGGCAACUGGAUCACUUUGAAGAUGAGGAAGUUGAUCAAGCCGAAGAGCCGGGAGAGGAUGCGCUCUCUCACGCUGACUCCCUCUCGUUCAGAAUCUGGCGACGGUUUCCUGACGUUCCCACUGGACAGCCAGGACAGCUCAUCCAUUGGCUCCGGCUCCAACUCGCUGGACGACACAUUAACACAAAAGAGGAGCAGCAGGAGGAGAGGGCAGCAGUCCCAUGCCCAAGGGCAGGGUUCCACCAAUGCUAUAAAAAGGUUGCCUUUCAUGAGGAACAGAUCCAAGGACAAAGACAAGGCCAAGGCCAUCUACCGGCGCUCCAUGUCCAUGAACGACCUGCUGCAGACCAUGGCGGUUGCAGGCGGAGCUCAGUGGGCGAGCAGCAUCGAGAACCUAGACGGCGCUGAGGCCGGAGACGCAGGCAUGACUGGUGGCAGCAGGCGCAGUGGGCGCAUGAAGGAGCUCGCCUUAUCUACCAACGCCAUCGACUGUGCCGCCCUCACCCUGCCGUCUGCAGGGCAUAGCCGGGGCAAGCAGCGGCUGCAGGUCAAAGAUAAUGCCUCCUGUGAGGAUGUUGCGGGCUCCUUAGAUGACCCCAAGAGUCAAGGCCUGCAGGUGUACCGCAGUGCUCUGCCGUCCCCUGUUGAUCUGAGCGUUAUGUGCAGAGUCCCAUGUAGCAUCUGUACCUCCAGACCCACCAGUCUCCAUAGCAACAGGACCACCAGUAGUAAUAGUAACAAUAACUCCCACCUCACUUCUCCUCUGGAGGGCAAAGGCACCUUAAACGGCAGCCUCAGCAGGCCUCACAGCGAGAGCAGCGGAGAGUUCAGCCUGAGUUUGGACCAGGAGGUGUGGUCCAGCAGUGGCAGCAGCCCGGUCCAGCAGCCCACCUCCUCGCGCUCCUCCCACCAGAGCCCGCUGCAGCUGCGCAAGUCGCUCGACUCGUCUACAGCUGCAGGCAGCCCAGGCCAGACCCAGGCCAGAAGCAACGAGGUGCUUUCCCUGCAGCAGUUCCUGGAUGAGGGUAUUGAUCCUGCAGAGUCUGGCAGUCAGGAGAACCUCACUGUAGACUCUCCUCGCCUCUCCACGUCCUCUGACCAUGCGCCGAAAGAACGCACUUCCACAAAGGCCCGGGGCAUACUGCGCUCAUCCAGCGGAAAAGCAGCGCCAGCCAGCUCUGACCGCCCACCGAGAUCUGCUGGGCAACCGGGUCGUCCAACCCUGCGUAAGGCAGAGAGCACCCGUGUGAGAGGCUCUGUCCCGGUGCGUUCCAGCCUGUCCGCACAGGGCAAAGCCACGUCUGUCUCCGAACGCCUGGACACUGCUUCCUCUACACUGCCCCGGGCCAGCAGCGUCAUCUCUACUGCAGAGGGCACCACGCGGCGCACCAGCAUCCACGACCUGCUCUCAAAGGACAACCGGCAGCCUGUGUCCGUCGACGCCUCUCCUCCCGCCACCUCCACCAAGGCUGGGGUCCGCUCCCAGCCUACACCCAGUGAGUACCACCCCAACAGCACAAACCUAAAGGGACCCCUCACCACCACCACCCCUCUGCCCAAGUCACUCAGCUUACCCUGCCGUAGUUUGGAGGAUCCCGACCUCUCCACCCUCGAGUCUUUCCUCGGCCCUUCCUUCACUGUAGAGUCAGUGUUCAUGGACUCCAUCUUUAGUGAGUCAGCGGGCAAAAACCUCCCCUUCCUGUCUCUAAACCCCACCCUAGUCAGCAACAUCAGCGGGCCUCCUGUUACAAAUAAAACACACCCUUCAACUAUCCCCAGUCACGUCUCCACCCAAAACCAGGCCCCUCUCAGCCAAACAAACGGCCAGAAAGAGUAUCACGAGGGCGUUGAUCCCAAUCGUGUGAAUAAUCCAGACCAGUCACUGAGCCCAGAGGACAACCAGUCUCUGUGGUACGAGUAUGGGUGUGUGUGAACGACAGGGAGGGAUCUUUUUACCAGACUUGACGUAACGAGGGGAGAAUGAAAUGAAGGAGAAAUGACAAAUCCUCCUCCUCUGCAUGUAUUUAUUGGAGCACUAUCUCUGUGUGGUGUUUUUGUUUGGUUCUUUUCUGUUUGGUGCUGACUGGUGAAUCGCUGUUUGAUUUUUUUUUUUUUGUCACCUCCUGUUUUCUGCCUUGUUCUUUUUACUGAGGUGAGACUUUGAUGAAUGUUGUUUCAUCCAACAGCCAUAUUAUUGUUUCCUCAUUAAAUCUGUUUCACUGGCUAACAAUACACUAUUAUCUGCAGUUUGGGGUUAAUGCAUCACAGUUAAGGCUUAGCAUUUCUGUUUAUAGCUUAAAUUGUUAAGUAACACUAAGAAAUAAUAGAGAUUCAGUGAUUUUUUCACCAUAAUCCUUUAAAAAAACAAAACACCUUAAUGUGAGAAAUUGCUGUCUUUGAUAAAGAGCAAAUUAUUAUGGGAAAGAUCGUAUAGCUGCAUUUUCUUCAUGACAAAUCCAAAUUAAGACUUUGAAAUGUGUCAGAUAAUAGAUUCACUUUCCACUUUCUGUUUAUGGCGAUGUCUCGAUGAUGUUUGGGUGACUGUCUUUUUCACUGCUUUUUUAACUCUGUUGCAUCAUCCACUAAAUUGCACGGCUUUGUUCCUGAAACGCUCAUUUUGAUUGCUGUGAUCAAAAUGCUCAUUUUAUGUAUCUUGUUUUUGUUUGUGUUGGUGUGUACGGUUUGUUUUUGGACAAUUUGAUACCUUUUCUGUAUUUUCUUUUCUAUAAUAUUAACCAGGGCAUUUGCUCUGUGGGUUAUGAUGUGGUGGAUUUUAACUGACCUGUUGGGCUGGUGACAAAAUGAUGAAGCUUCAUUUCCAAAAUGAUCUGAGAAGGGCUGCUCAAUUAAAGUAAAAAUCAUGAUCCCACUUUUUUUUGUCAGUAUUGAGAUCACAAUAACUCAUUGACUAAAGGCUCUCAAUUCAUCAUUUUGGCUCAAGGUAACCUAAAUAUGCCACAGCUUGGCUGACAAUGAGUUUAGACUUUUAGGGAGGGGCCAAAGUGCACCGCUGUAAAGGAAAGGGGUGUGCUGGAUUUAUCACAAGACAAAACAAGAGCAUCAUUGCAAAAUGGAGUGCAGCACAAUAAUAGUUUUACUGUGAUUAUUUUGUUUUCAUUAUCGUAGAAAAGUAAAAUUUAAUUGAUUGCCCAGCCCUAAAUCUAAGGGGACGUAUAGUUGGUUAAGAGAAAGUUGACUGUGAAGGUAGUAGAGGAUGAUCAGGGUGAUUAUUACGUUUUAGUUUUACUUAUCCCUUGAGUUAUUGAAACAGGAAGUCAAUACAGUAAGUUGAGAUUAGUUUUCAGUGGUCAGAAUGUUUUGUGAAUGAAGCUAACAUCAUUUCUUUUGGUAUUUGGAGACUUUUUAUUUACUCAUCCCGACGCACCACAACUUGAGAAAGGAUAAUAUUUGACUAUGUAUUUCAGACUGACAAGAUCUUGUACAGAUUGUUGUAAUCCUUAAAUUAUAAUCAAAGACGAGCACUGCUUUUUGUGCCAAUACUCGUAGUACUGUCCGCCUUUAUAUCUAUUUAUUUCUGCUUUUGUACUCAGUACUUGCCGUUCUGAAGUUGCUUAAUGUAUUUAUCUUAAUCUACAGUAUAUGCAGGUAUAAAUGAACACUUUUCUUGUCUACAGAUGUAACAUAAACGUUGCC